AUGUGCACACUGACCGGUUUCCCCUUCCAGAUGGCCAAGACGCAGAAGAACAAGGCUACGGCCUUUCACUUGGGUCAAUUGAAGGCUAAGCUUGCGAAGCUGAAGCGAGAGCUGUUGACUCCGACCGGAGGAGGUGGUGGCGGCGGUGGUGCCGGCUUCGAUGUUGCCCGUACCGGUGUUGCUAGUGUUGGCUUCAUUGGUUUCCCCUCCGUCGGAAAGAGUACCCUGAUGAGCAGACUGACGGGACAGCACUCGGAAGCUGCCGCUUACGAGUUCACGACUUUGACGACUGUGCCCGGACAGGUUAUGUACAACGGUGCGAAGAUUCAGAUUCUCGAUCUGCCUGGUAUCAUUCAGGGUGCCAAGGAUGGUAAGGGUCGUGGUCGUCAGGUCAUUGCCGUGGCCAAGACUUGCCAUCUGAUCUUCAUCGUGCUGGACGUCAACAAGCCGCUGCACGACAAGAAGAUCAUUGAGAACGAAUUGGAAGGGUUUGGCAUCAGAAUCAAUAAGCAACCCCCAAACAUUGUUUUCAAGAAGAAGGACAAGGGUGGUAUUGCCAUCACGAGCACGGUUCCCUUGACGCAUAUCGAUAACGACGAAAUCAAAGCCGUCAUGAGCGAGUACAAGAUCUCUUCCGCGGACAUUUCCAUCAGAUGCGAUGCGACCAUCGAUGAUCUCAUUGAUGUGCUGGAAGCCAAGAGUCGCGCCUACAUUCCGGUGGUGUAUGCUCUGAACAAGAUCGAUGCGAUCACGAUCCAGGAGCUGGACCUUCUGUACCGGAUUCCCAACGCCUGCCCCAUUAGCUCUGAACACGGUUGGAACGUCGACGAGCUGCUGGAGAUGAUGUGGGAGAAACUCAACCUGCGCCGGGUCUACACCAAGCCCAAGGGCAAGACGCCGGACUACACGGCCCCCGUCGUUCUAAGAGCCAACGCCUGCACGGUCGAGGACUUCUGUAAUGCUAUCCACCGUACGAUCAAGGACCAGUUCAAGCACGCUAUCGUCUAUGGCCGCUCCGUCAAGCACCAACCGCAGCGUGUCGGUCUGUCACACGAGUUGGGAGAUGAAGAUAUCGUGUCCAUCGUCAAGCGCUAA